GACACAUAAGUGGAUUGGCAGACACUGGAGUUCAUAAUCAAAAUGUACAUCCGCCUUUGCAAAACAACAACCAUGGCGGUCCUCCGGGGAGUUCUGAGUGGAUAAAUUGGAGAGUCAGAUUCCUUAUAAACAGGUGGAUUGUCUGAUAGGAUACCAGUAUCAAUCUGGGAACUGACUGAUCAAGAUGGUGGGGUUGGUGGGGUUUUGUUCCGUCUGUAUGGUGCUGGCUGCUCAGAUUAGCAGUGCACAGCAGUAUUUUAUCAUUGCCCCCAAUGUCAUCCGAGUGGACGUCGAGGAAUCCAUUCUUAUAAAUCUUAAAGGCGUGGCUCAAGAUGCAGUCAUACCAGUGACUUUGUACUUCCAAAUGAGCGGAUCAAAUACACGACUGGCGGAGACAACAGUAAACAUCGCUGGUGAUCCAGAUUCACUGCAUCGAGCCACAAUGCGGAUUGACCGUGCGGAACUCCCCGUGCUGCAAAGUACAGGUCAUGAGUUCAUCACACUCGUAGCACAAUCCAACUCCCCGAUACUUACUUUUCAAGACAGCAAGCCGAUACUUCUAAGUAUGAAGUCUGGAUUUGUCUUCAUUCAGACGGACAAGCCACUCUACACACCUUCACAGACAGUGGAUAUCCGAAUCGUUGUUUUGAAUCAAAAGAUGUUUCCAGACUUAAAUCAGGUCCGAGUCGAAAUUAUGAGUCCGAACAAAAUCGUCGUUCACCAAAAAAUGAAAAGGGCCACGGCAGGAUUUGCCGUGGUGCAAUUUCACUUUCCCCCGGUCCCAGUGUUUGGAAAAUGGACUGUGACUGUCUUCUACGGUCACCUGUUUAAAGCGAAAACGUCAGUAGAGUUCGAAGUUAAGGAAUAUGUGUUGCCAAAGUUUCAGGUUGCGGUGCAAACUAGUAAGGAAUACGUUUUACCAGAAACGGAAUUUCUUCGUACAACGGUAACAGCAACGUACGUGUUCGGAGAGAGGGUGUUUGGCAAGUUUCUCUUAAAGUAUGGAGUCUUCACUGACGAUGAUAACCUUUUGAUUCUUCAAGAAACUGAAAACACACUGGGUAUUGGUGGCAUUGGCUAUGCAGAUUUUAGAGUCAGUGACAUACCUGCUGAUCAGAUGGAGACUCUGAUGGGUAAGAAUCUCGUCAUCCAAGCGUUCGUUACGGACGUAGCCAACGGGGAGACCAUAAACACAAACCAUACUAGGGUUGUCUUCACCAGGACCCCGUACAGAUUCAACUGGGACAACACUCGUAGAUACUUCAAGAAGGGAUUGCCGUUUCCUGUCAAGGCCAUUGUCCAAUACGUAAAUGGACUUCCUGCUAGCAAUGUCCCCGUUACCAUCCGCAGGAUGGACGGGGGCAAUCAAGACUUCUCAGACGACGACCAGAAUGGUGACACUCGUAACUCUGGACCCAAUGGUGAGAUAUAUUUCAGGCUUGAUAUGCCCAAAGACGCAGCAGAAGUCGAACUUCAUUUGGAGACGGCAGAUGGUGAACUGAAUGAGGAAUCUAACGCUGAAAGUAGUUUCACUCUGCGAGCAGAGAAUUCACUUGUCAGUGAAUUCAGUGAAUUCCUGCUGAUCAGAAUUCCGAUGGGAGGAUUCGAACAAACCCAACAGAUUGACAGCGCCAGCUCGACUGAGGUGUUACUUUCUCAACCCAAAAAUGUUGCACUCCACUUCUUUGUGAUAUCUGGAGGGAAGAUUGUUUAUGAAAUCAAGAGGCAGAUUCAGAACGCCAACACAGCCUUUCAAUUUACAAUCACUCCCAAGAUGGCACCAGUCUCUCGCGUUGUCGCUUACUACAUCAACGAAGAUGGCCAAGUUAUUGCCGAUGCAUUACUCAUGCGAGUUCAGGAGAAAUGUGAAAAUCCGGUUACUGUUGGCUUUGUAGGACUUCCACGGGAGGACGGGAGCAACAUUUAUAAGUCAGAUUUUAAGGAGAAACAAAUUCCAAUUAAAGUCACUGCUAAGCCGGAUACCAACGUUGGCCUGCUUGCUGUGGAUGAGGCUGUAUUUGCCCUUCUCAAAUAUCACAGACUCACACAGAAAAAGGUGUUUGAGAGAAUGGCUGGGUAUGAUCUUGGCUGUGGACCUGGAGGUGGAAAGACUGCAGCCGAUAUCUUUAAGGAUGCCGGAGUCACUGUGAUGACCACUGCAACUCUGAGUGUACCACACAGGGAAGAAAUUGAGUGCCCUCAAGCUAUACAGAGAGCCAAGAGAUCGAUGUCAGAUGAGGAGACUAGCCAGAUUUUGGACGAUUAUGAAGGAGACAGAAGGACGUACUGUGCGAUGGGCUUGAGAGAGGUGACGGACCCUCAGAGCUUCCCGUGCAUCCGACGGGCUAAACUGCUCGCAAGACGGGAGGGGCUACGGUUGGAAAGCCCCCUGGUUGAAGCGUUUUAUGACUGCUGUAAGAGUAAAGCAACGGCGAACCAAGGGAGGAGUGACGGCGAUGAGGCAUUGGAUCUAGCGGUCAAUGAGCAAGACGCUAUGAUUCGAUCAGACUUUCCUGAAAGCUGGAUGUUUUUCGACCUCGAGACUGGAGAAGAUGGCUCUAAGCUUCGAUCUGUGACUCUGCGCGAUAGUGUAACUACUUGGGUAGUGGAAGCAAUUGGUGUAUCCAACCAGUACUUAAUGUGCGUCGCUGAACCUGCCAAACUGCGAGUCCGACCACUCUUCUUUUUGGAUUUAGCUUUGCCAUACUCGGUUAAACGAUUGGAGCAAAUUGAGAUUAUCGUGACGGUGUUCAACUACGCUGAAGAAGAACUCCCUGUUUCAGUCAGGCUAAAGGGAGCAGAUGGGUUGUGUUCCGAAGCUCAACCAGGUGAACUGUCCGAAGGGAAAACAAUAAACGUACUCCCUAACGAACCUGGUGCCGUUAAAUUUGUCAUAAUCCCUCUGGAAGCAAAGCGCAUCCCGAUCGAGGUUCAAGCUUUUAGCAACUUAGUGGGAAAAGACAACCACAACGAUGCCGUCAAGAAGUACCUGAAUGUAUAUCAAGAGGGUUUAAUACAGCGAUUCACUGAGCCAAUAACUGUGGAUCCAGUCAACUCUCGAUCCCUGGCCCCAAACAGUAAUGGGGGACCAGCUCAGUCUUUUCAGCAUGACCAGUUCUGGGGUGAGGAAGGUGAAAAUAGUCAAAUCGAUGUCAUACGCUACAACCUGAAUGGAGAUGCCAUCCCUGGUACCCAUAAAGUCGUUAUCAGUCUCAUGGGGAGCAUCAUGGGCAAUGUGAUAGAGACCGUCCUUGGAGGGUUGGAUAGCCUUCUUAGAAUCCCAAGUGGGUGUGGUGAGCAGACCAUGCUUUCCUUGGCUCCCAACGUCUACGUCUAUAGAUACCUGAAGCACAGUGAUCAAUACACUGCUGACCUGGAAGAAUCUGCUAAGCAUUACAUUGAAAGUGGAGUGACACGUGAGCUUACGUUUCGACUCGAUGAUGGCUCAUUUGCUGUUUUUGCAAAACCUCCGGCUAGUACUUGGUUGACUGCCUUUGUGACUAAGGUCUUUUGUCAGGCAAGGGAGUUUGCUUUCAUCGACGAUGAUGUGACUUGCAAAGCUUUGGAAUGGCUGACGACAACAACACAAAUCGAGGACGGUUCAUUUAGAGAAGUCUCGCGUGUGAUUCACAAAGAAAUGAUUGGCAGUGUGCAAGGAAGUGUUUCCAUGACAUCGUAUGUGCUGAUUUCUCUCCUGGAGUGUGAAUGUGCCACAGUGGAUACUAGCGACUCUGUUGCUCUUGCUACGGCUUUCUUAGAGGGUCAACUACAACAAUUGACGAGACCUUACGCCAUCGCCAUUACUGCAUACGCCCUUGCUCUGGCCAAUAGCGACCUAGCCGACGAGGCUCUCACAAUGCUCAAAGACAUCGCUACGUAUGAGGAAGAAUCAAAACAUCGUUAUUGGACAUUGGAUGUCUUGUCAUAUGGUGCUGGUCCCAAACCAUACUGGUACACCAGCAAACCCGAAGCAAUUGAAGUAGAGACAACAAGCUAUGCACUGCUGGCCUUCCUUCAACUGGAUGACGUGUCGUACAGCCAUGACAUCGUUAAAUGGCUGACAAACCAGGAGAACUAUCAGGGUGGAUUCGUCUCUACACAGGAUACAGUUAUAGCCUUACAGGCACUGUCUGCGUAUUCGAUCAAGUCGGACACGAACGUCAUCGAUAUCGGCUGUCAAGUCAGUUGUCAGGAGGCCGAGUUCGAUCAAGAGUUCCUGCUCAAACCUGACAAUGCAAUCCUCAGGCAGUUCGCUGAAAUUAGGGUUCCAGAAGAUCAAUCCGAGUUCGAAGUGUCUUUUGAUUCUGCAGGCACAGGCAUGGGUCAACUUAAAUUUGAGUCUAGCUACAACAUCCCGGAGCCGAAUGUGGAAAGUUGUGACUUUGUGCUAAACAUCAACCAAGAAACCAUUAAAGUGGAUGAGAACAAUCAACGUAUCGAGUAUACUAUUGAACUGAGUUACUUAACAGGCGAGACGACUGGAAUGGCAAUUCUUGAAGUAGGUUUAUACACAGGUUACCAAGCUAUGGCGGAAGAUCUGGACGAGGUCAAACAAAACAGCGGAGACAACAUCCAUCUUAUUGAAGAAACUGAUCUAUCAGUCGUCUUUUACCUGGAUGAAAUCAGUAGAGAUCGAGUUGAGGAGAUUACUUUCCAAGCCGAACGAAAACUCAAGGUUGGCAAACUUCAGCCUGUGUUGGUGAAGGUGUUUGAUUACUAUAACCCUACCGUUGAAUGCAGUAAGUUCAUCCACCCUGAUGAAGGCGGGGCUCAGUUGAGUACACUGUGUGUUGGGAACACAUGUUCUUGUGCAGCAGGCAAAUGUGCCCCGGGUAUCAUUGCAGACCAUAAAACCAUUGACGUUGCGGAAUUGAAGUUAAAAGCUUGCGACACUGCAGCUCAUUUUGCCUUUGAAGCAGAAGUGGUGUCAACUAAAAGAAGAGGAUCUUUCCAGUCCAUCAGCAUGACUAUAUUGACUCCAGUCAAACCAGGUCUAGAUCUUGUGGCUAUGAAUCAGAAUCGAACGUUCUUGAAGAGUAUGAGUUGUGACGAGCCAGAGCUCAAGACUAGACGCUACCUGGUGAUCGGUACGGGUGGAAUACCAUUCAAAGACGACAUGGGACAACCAAGCUAUAAGUACCUCAUUGACGAAAAUAUGUCAUUCUAUGAGUGGCCAAAAGAGGGCGGCGGUAGAGAUCUCAACAAAAAUAGGUGGAAGCAUCUCAAGCGUAAACUAGAUCUGCUGAAAAAACAGUUGAUUUCUGGGACUGGAUGCCCGACUUAAUCCAAUACUUUGUGAAGUCUUCUACAAAUAGGAGCCAGACCAGGAUGCUUUAUAAUAUAAAGUUUAUAUACACUUUUUAAUGAUCAUAUAUUAAAAGUAGUUUGACAUUUACACUUGAUAAAGGAGCGGCCAUUUCCAGUUCUCUUUUGCUAUGAUAAACAGUCAAGCGUCGAUAAGGAAUUUUAUCAUUUUUUUUUUUUUACAUUAUGCUGAUUGCUAUGUUUUCACGUUUCUGAUGUAGUCUUAUUUGCUAGAUGAUUAAAGGCACUGGACACUAUUGGUAAUUACUCUAAAUAAUGGUUAGCAUAAAAACUUACUUGGUACUGAGCAA